AUGAUGCAUCGUUUCCAGGUGAUCCAAAGUCUGCUUUUCGGGCUCAGCACCGCGUCUCAGAUUUCUGCGCGCAGCAAUAGUUCCAGCUAUGACUCGUCGUUAAAUUUCCGACCGGAUUGGGUGUCUGGUCUCGGUAAUGUUUACCACUGGGUCGGGUCGUACUAUAAUGCUACCACGCGUCUGGAGUACACGCCUUAUGCUGGUGUCGCCUCAAGUGCAAAUGACACUGUCUAUACGUGCCCGAAUAUUCGCGGUGAGACAUAUACCAUCGAGUUCAAUUCAAUUCUCGCUGUUACAGACACGAGCAAGUAUAAUGUCGGCAGUAACCCAGUCAAUUUGUUUUAUUUGGCUUGGCCUCAUAACACGGAGUUGAACACUUCGUGGCCGAUUGGACAAAUGAGUUCCGAUUACUGGGGAUUGCUGUCUUCUAUCCCUGUGUACUCCUACAACUCAAGCUCACCCAAGGCCGAAGUCGACUUCAAUAUCACUCUCCAGGAUACACAGAGCACACCAUACAAUCUGUCCAGUAUACUCACCGAUUAUGCCGGCUCAAGCUCCGUCAUGUUCAACAUGACAGGCUGCAACUCUACUGAGACCACCCGAUGGGCCGGUCAUUUCAUAAGCCUGGGUAUCGAGGAUGACAAUAUUGGCUAUAACUGGACCUACCCGAACCCCGUUUUGGAUCUGCAGUUCGAAGGUCAGACAGCGAACCUUACUGUGGAGGGUUACUUUGAAGGGAUACCGCUCGGUAAGUAUGAUUUCAAUGAAGAUGACUUGUUUGUUCCUGGCAAGGCCAAGUUGUCCUUUUCAGGUGUGAUCGAUACCUAUCAUUCCGACGUGCUUGUCAAUGAUAGUGCUACACCGUCUUGGGAGAGGAGCAUUGGGUUUGGGAACAACUCGGCCAAUGUUGGGUACAAUGGCACUGAUACAAGUGUCUCGAACAGCUUACAGAGCUCUGGGACCUUUUCAAUUCUCGGGUUUACGCUGUUGCUCUCGAUCGCGUCGUGCAUUCUGUGA